AUGUGCCGUGUUCGGGAUCCCGGGCAACAAAAGAUCGGUGAUGGUCCAACCCACCGGAUCGAACCAAGUGUCCCGAGAGAGAAAAAUUCCGUCAAAGUCAACAUGCCAGGUUGGAUGGAUGCACGAGGCACGACACUGCCAGCAGCAAAAUCGGCCGUCGACAAGCAAAACAAACAACCUCCUACCACUCCACCGGCUACGCUCUGUGCCUUACAUAACUUGCAGCACUUCUCCCUGCGCAGUAAGGUCAAGCCUGGUUAUGGAGAUGGAGAUGCGCAUGGAAAUGGUCGACGGACUCUCCCACUCCCCAGUUAUCCCGCACAAGGCCCUGCCAAGUUCAGACGCGAGAAAUGGACCAGUGUCCACUGA